UGGUGGAGGAACACGGGUCUGAAGCUUAGCUGCCUGUCACACUUAAACGUUCUCGUGCUUUUCGCGUUUUCCAGAACUCAGGGUGGUUUUGUGUCUGCUGAAAACUCUGCACACACAAACUCUUCGAACGGCUGAAAGAAAAACAGUAACAGCAUGACUCAGCACCAUGAGCCAGGUCAGGAGCAGGAGGAGGUGACUGGAAUGGUGUGUCAGGAAGACGACCUGAAGGAUGGAGAAAUGAAGGAAGUCCUUGUCGGAGACCAGAAGGUACUGCUGGUCCGCACCCAUGGUCAAUACAGUGCUGUUGGAAGCCGGUGCUCUCAUUACAACGCCCCUCUUAUCAAUGGAAUAUUGGUUGGCGACAGAGUCAGAUGUCCCUAUCAUGGUGCUUGCUUUAACGUCAAAACUGGAGACAUUGAAGACUAUCCAGGUCUGGACAGUCUGCCCAGCUAUAAGGUCAAAGUUGACGAUGGCAAGGUGUACGUUUCCAUCAACAAAAAAUCUCUGACGAUGAACAAGCGAGUGAAGGAGAUGUGCACCAUGGACGCAGACGUCAAACACACAGUUCUGCUCAUAGGUGGAGGCCCUGCCUCGCUGGUUUGUGCUGAGACACUGAGACAGAACUGCUACCAAGGUCGAAUCAUCAUGGUCACCAAGGACACCCUCCCUCCAUAUGACAAACCCAAAAUGAGUAAAGUUAUGAAUGUGGACAGCAGCAGUGUCCUCCUCCGGUCAAGUGACUUUUAUCAACAGCAUGGAAUAGAGUUAUGGACAAAGAAGGAGGUGGUGUCAGUAAACCCAGCAGAUAAGGUGGUGAAGUUGAGCGAUGGCGUUUCGCAACCUUACGACCAACUCCUCAUCGCAACUGGCUGCAGAGCGCGGCCGCUCAGCUGUCCUGGUUCUGACCUGCAGGGAGUGAAGAUACUACAGAGUUAUAACGACGCCAAAGACAUUUACAACGCCUGCCUGGGCAAAAAGGCUGUUGUCGUCGGAACUUCGUUCAUAGGCAUGGAGGCAGCAUCGUUCCUGUCCGACAAAGCUUCCAGUGUGGUCAUGGUUGGAACGUCCACAUACCCAUUUGAGCGUUCUCUCGGCCCAGAAAUUGGCAAAAUGACAAUGGAGAUGAUGGAGGAAAAAAAUGUGAAGUUUUACAUGAAUGACGGAGUCACUGAGAUUAAAGGGGAGAAUGGCACCGUCAAGGAGGUGGUGCUAAAGAGUGGCACGGUCCUCAAAGCUGAUGUGGUCAUUGCUGGAAUUGGAGUAAUUCCUAAUUCAGACUUCCUGGAAGGAAGUGGAGUGGAGGUGGAUUCAAGAAAAGUUGUGAUUGUUGACAAGUUCAUGAGGACCAACAUAAUAGACAUUUUUAGUGCUGGAGAUGUUACCUCCUUCCCUCUGGCCAUUCGUGGAGACCAGCGAGUCAACGUUGCUCAUUGGCAAAUGUCACACGCUCAAGGAAGAGUCGCUGCCCUCAACAUGCUGAAGAAAACAACCAAAAUCGAGUCGGUUCCUUUCUUUUGGACUGUGCUGCUGGGAAAGAGUAUAAGAUACACAGGCUAUGGAGAAGGAUACAGUGAAAUAAUAUUUAAAGGCAAAGUGGAAGAGAGGAAAUUCCUGGCGUUUUACAUCAAGGAUGAGGAGGUGGUGGCGGCGGCCGGUCUGAUGUCCGAUCCUGCUGUGGCUCAUCUCGCAGAGCUGAUGGCAUCUGGACAGAGAUUUAAAAAGGCACAGGUUCAGGCGGAUGACCUGAGCUGGCUGCAGAUGUGACCAAGGAUGUUUACUGUAUGGAGAUGAAGGAUGUCAGCUUUCUCCUCCUCCUUUCCAGUCUUGGUCAGAUUGUGCUAAACUGGAUUGCUCCACACCAGUCCUCCUGAUGGCCAAUUAAGGUCGCUGCUUUUAGGAAAUACACCGUUACCAUAGCAGCAAGCGCAACUUUAUUGACUUUGCACUUUGUGCACUGAGUGACUAAUCUAAUCUCUGCCUGUAAUAAAUGUAGCCUGGAAAGGACUAGACAGAAAUGAAUGGAUUUUGUUAUUAUAUCAGAAUGUAUUUGUGAAGAACCUGUUUAUGAUAGUACUAUGCUGUAUAUCCCUUAUACUGUAUUCAUUCAUGCAUUAACUUGAAUUAAUUCAUUCACUUUUGAAGGGAAUGUUUGAAAUUACUGAUCUACGGAGGAGUAUUAGUAAGAAAUAAAACAGCAUGAAUUCUGAGAUUAAUGUCAGAAUUCUGACUUUAU